AGUAGUUUAAUUAAUAUUGUUUAUUGUAUCUAUGGAAAAAAUGUCCCUCGUGUUUAUUAAAUUUAUCAGUGUGUAUUUGGAUUAUUAAGUUAAGAACUUCAUAGCAUGAAUGCAAACGCUUCUCUACCUAAUUAAUCUUAUUUCGAUAGAAUGUUAAACAGAACGGAUUAUACGAAAUUUGUAAUUUUGUACUUGACGAAUACUGAGAGAUUACGUGUGUUUGCAAUGAAUGUUUAUUUUUACCCAAGCUAACAUGCAAGUCAUAAUGCGUUAUAUUGUGCAUUUUGUUUAGGUGAAUAUUACAAUUUUCUCUCACGUAGAAAAAAAGUAUGGCAGGUUCACUGUUAAGGGGACCAUUUACUUGCUUCACUUCUAAAUCCAAUUCUGGAACGGUAUUUUUUCUGCAUGGUUCAGGAGAUAGUGGCGAAGGGGUCAAGACAUGGAUCAAAGGCCUGUUGAAGACUGAUGAAGUCAUCCCUCACAUGCGUGUGGUAUUCCCCACUGCUCCACUGAGGCCGUACACUUAUCUUGGUGGUGAGCUCUCAAAUGUGUGGUUUGAUCGAAUCGCACUUUCUCCGUCAGUAGAAGAGCACCAUGAGACCAUUAACAAAAUGGCAGAUGAGCUCAUAAUGAGCAUUGAAAAUGAAGUUGCAACAGGCGUUCCACUGAAUAGAAUAGUAGUUGGUGGUUUUUCAAUGGGGGGUGCUAUGGCCAUGCACAUUGGUUACAGAUACCUGCCAGGUUUAGCAGGAGUUUUUGCGCUCUCUUCUUUUCUUAAUGACAAGUCUUCAGUGUAUGAGCACUUGAAGAAUAGCGACAAAGGAAUGCAGUUCCCUCCUCUUUACAUGUGCCACGGUAGCCGUGACACACUGGUGCCGCCCAGCUGGGGCAAAGACACGCAUGACCGGCUGUGCGAGUUGGGAGUUGGAGCUCAGUUCCACGUGGUGCGGAAUGCGUUCCACGAACUGACUGGUGGCGAACUGAGACAGCUCUUUGACUGGAUAUCCACCCGUGUUCCGCCACCUUGACGCUGCUCAGGCUCGUUCUCGACGGCACGGAAGCAGACACAUGUCACCCAGUGGGGUAGAUGAAUCAAGUAUCACACGUGGACACGAAAGCUUACCGAUUACAUGCAACGAAGAUGAUCGGCACCUAAUGUUUUUGUUUAUGUGAAAGCCUGUGAGGAAUAGUAGAUAAGUAUUUUUUCACAGUAUUUGUUUUAAUUUUUAAUGCGUUAAAAGUUGUUAAAAUUUUACCAUUUUAUAUAAUUAUUUUGUGGUAUAUUUUCAUUGUGUGUUAAUGUCCAAAUAUGAUUAUAUUCUUGCCUUAAAAAUUA